AUGACCUCCAGCAACAAUGCCCGCGCGCACUGCUCGCACCCCCUUCAACCCAUCUUCCCAGAGAGCAGUACGACGCCGGCAUCAGCUACACGACUAGCAAUACUUGCCACGUAUAGGCUGGAAAUGGGUCAAGUGAGGGACUUGCUGUCUCGAAAGGAGCCGCGAGUCGUUCCCUUCCGAAACACCCUGAGCUUCCUCGUCCGUAUAAAUACGGGACCCGCAGGACGACUAUUCCUCACCAAUUCAACUUCUAUCAGCUCUUCAAUCUUCUACUACACUCUUCACUCUUCUUUUCAUAUUCUUAACAAAAUGUUCGCCGCUACCCGUCUUCACGUCUUUGUCUGCCUGGCGCUCGGCAUUGCCGUCGGUGCCGCUCCCACUGGAUCUUCGGGUUCCAGCGUUGACGCUCGUUCCCCGGACACCUACGACCUCACCGGCGGUGUCGUCAGCCUUCUCCUCGGCCUCGAAGGCGCAGGCUACGGCGGGAACAGCGGCGAGGACACCUACAUCCUCAAGCGCGACCUCUACGACCUCACCGGCGGCAUCGGCGCACUCAUCCUCGGCGCCGAAGGCUUCGACGGAGAGCGCGGCGCGGAGUCGGACGAGUACAUCCUCAAGCGCCAGCUCGCGAAGAUCGGCCCGCUCGAAAUCGGAGGCGGGCUGCUCACCGGGGGCCUCGUCGGCAAGCGCGACACGUACGAUCUAACUGGCGGUAUCGGCGCGCUCCUGUUCGGCUACCCCGAGGGAUAUGCCGGGGAGGGCGACGAAGACACGUACAUCCUCAAGCGCCAGCUUCCCGCGACCGCCGGCGUCGGCUCGCUCCUGGGCUCGAACAUAGGCAUUCAACACGCUGUGCCGCUCGCUGAGGCUGGCCUCAGUCUCGGUGGUGCCGUCAACGCGGCGCCGAAGCGCGAUCUGUACGAUACGACGGGCGGGAUUGGCGCGCUGCUCUUCGGAGCCGAGGGCUAUGGCGGAGAGGCCGGCGAAGACGAGUACAUCCUCAAGCGCGACGGCGCGGAUGUUGAGAAGCGCUCUCCGGACCUCUACGACCUCACUGGCGGCAUCGGCGCUUUGAUUUUCGGUGCCGAGGGCGAGGGGUACGGCGAGGGGAGCGACGAGGACACCUACAUUCUGAAGCGCCAGCUCGAGCGCUUGGGACUGGGCGGUCUCGGCGGCGGCGCUGCCCCGCUCCUCGGCUCCGCGUCCACUCCCAUCGGCGACACCAACGUUCUGCCCAGCCUCGGCGGCAACGCCGACCUGGCGUCGAACCUCGGAGUUGAUCUCUGA